AUGUGGGACUCAGCUACCAUGUGGACACAGCUACCUUUUGGGACGCAGCACCAUGUGGGACUCAGCUACCAUGUGGACACAGCUACCUUUUGGGACGCAGCACCAUGUGGGACUCAGCUACCAUGUGGACACAGCUACCAUGUGGACACAGCACCAUGUGGGACUCAGCCACCAUGUGGACACAGCUACCAUGUGGACACAGCACCAUGUGGACACAGCACCAUGUGGGGCACAGCACCAUGUGGGACACAUGGCCCUUUUGCCAAAGGAGAAUUUGUUGCACAGUAUCGAGGAGAUUUCAUUGAUUGCAAAGAACUGGAAAGGCGGAAGAGAGUCUACCAUCCAUCCUGUGCAGUUUUCCUGUUCGAAUUUAAGUGGAGAGGAAAAACAUGGUGCAUUGAUGCAUCAGUAGAAGAUGGCACAUUUGGGCGUAUCGUUAAUGAUGACCACAUCCACCCAAAUUGUAAGAUGAAAAGAAUUGACUUCGAGGGGAAGCCACACUUGUGCCUGUUUACAUUACGUGACAUAAAAGAAGGAGAAGAACUCACAUAUGAUUAUGGAGGGGAUGACUGCCCAUGGAGAGAAAAAAUGACCCACGUGACAGCAGAUGGUACUACUACACGUUUUCUAGAGCACCCUGACCAGCCUCAGUCCCACAUGAAUACCUCAUUUGGAAACGAUGCCUCUCAGAAACAGAUGACCCACGUGACAGCAGAUGGUACUACUACAGGUUUUCUAGAGCAGUCUGACAAGCCUCAGUCCCACAUGAAUACCUCAUUUGGAAACGAUUCCUCUCAGAAACAGAUGACCCACGUGACAGCAGAUGGUACUACUACAGGUUUUCUAGAGCAGUCUGACAAGCCUCAGUCCCACAUGAAUACCUCAUUUGGAAACGAUUCCUCUCAGAAACAGAUGACCCACGUGACAGCAGAUGGUACUACUACAGGUUUUCUAGAGCAGUGUGACAAGCCCCAGUCCCACAUGAAUACCUCAUUUGGAAACGAUUCCUCUCAGAAACAGAUGACCCACGUGACAGCAGAUGGUACUACUACAGGUUUUCUAGAGCAGUCUGACAAGCCUCAGUCCCACAUGAAUACCUCAUUUGGAAACGAUUCCUCUCAGAAACAGAUGACCCACGUGACAGCAGAUGGUACUACUACAGGUUUUCUAGAGCAGUCUGACAAGCCUCAGUCCCACAUGAAUACCUCAUUUGGAAACGAUUCCUCUCAGAAACAGAUGACCCACGUGACAGCAGAUGGUACUACUACAGGUUUUCUAGAGCAGUGUGACAAGCCCCAGUCCCACAUGAAUACCUCAUUUGGAAACGAUUCCUCUCAGAAACAGAUGACCCACGUGACAGCAGAUGGUACUACUACAGGUUUUCUAGAGCAGUCUGACAAGCCUCAGUCCCACAUGAAUACCUCAUUUGGAAACGAUUCCUCUCAGAAACAGAUGACCCACGUGACAGCAGAUGGUACUACUACAGGUUUUCUAGAGCAGUCUGACAAGCCUCAGUCCCACAUGAAUACCUCAUUUGGAAACGAUUCCUCUCAGAAACAGUCUGAUGGGCACACAGAGGCGGUGCCAGCGGGAGAGCCGUGCUUUUUCCUCUUCCCAGAAUCCCGCUGUGAGGCAGGUAGAGGCCAUGGACUCGCUGGGGAUGUGUGCCCAUCCCAGAGCCCCCCGGUGACAGCCCCUCUCACUAACCACGCUCUCUCCCACGCUGGCAGACGCUCUGUGGUGCCCUACAGACUGGAGGAGGUGAGAUAG